UAUUUCUGUCAAAGUUGUCAAUAUUUUCGACGAAGAUUGAAAUCGAAAAAUAUUGUAAAAAUGUCCUUAGGAAAGAUAUUAGCGCUCGAUAAAGUUACUAAUUUCUUCAAUGCGAUCCGCCAGAAUGGUGGAAUAAGAGCUUCUCUGUAUAAACUGUACAGACAAGAUGAACUAAAAGAUGGCAAACUAAUUGGGGAGGAUAAAUAUGGAAACAAAUACUAUGAGAACCCUCGCUACUUCUACGGCAGGAACCGCUGGGUGGAGUACAAUGAUAAGGCGUAUUUGAACUAUGAUGGAAGCCAGGUACCCGCUGAAUGGUUCGGUUGGCUCCACUACAAAACUGAUCUGCCCCCACACCAGGACCCAAGCAGACCCAAAUACAAGUGGAUGGCUGAUUUCACAGAGAACAUGUCAGGCACGACCGGUCAAUACGUUCCCUACAGCACGACCAGGUCUAAGGUGGAACCCUGGGUGCCUAAGAAAGCUGCUUAAACCUUCAACCGGAGCAUGCCCUUAGUAUCAUUCUGUAAAACUCACUUUCAACAAGAAAGGAAAAACAAAACGCAAUUUAUUUGACACCUGUCAUGUUUUUGUCAGAUGUCAAAAUUACACUACGUUCGAAAAAAUCUGCGAAAAAUCUGUUUUGUAGUGGUUUGUAAUGGAAAUGAUGAUGCUACGGGAACAGUUACGUUGUAAAAUUCAGUGGAAUAUUUAACUCUAUAGUUUAUAAGUAGAAAAUGAAAUAAAUCAUAUUUUGAGUUCAUUGUUA